GGAGCUGUUGACUGGCAUUUAGAAGCAAAGAAACAGUCGCUGUUUAAAAAUGGAAUACAGUGAUAGUAGGUACUUGAACCAAACAGAAAUAAAACUAGUGUUAAUAAGUAGUUCGAGCAGAGCAAGACGCGUUUAUUUGAUUACAGAAGGCGCAAUGGAGUACGCAGAAAUUUUGAAUUUCGGCGCCAUAUGAUCCCGAUAAACUCGCGCUCAUUUUUUUCAUUUCAAUUUAUUUUGAUUUGUAUGCUACAUAAAUUUAGCAUUUUGGCAACCUUUAAUCACGAUAAGAUGGCAUACAUUUACAUUAAAAAAUAUAUUGUUCAUAUUCUAGGUAAAUACAUUGACAUUUUAAUAAGAUAAUAAUAAAAUAACAAUUGAUAAAAAAAACAUGUAUAUUUUUAAACAAUUUUAAGAGCAAGUAACAAACAUUCUAUCAAAAUUAGAGAAAAUCAAGAAUUAAGAUUCUGCCAGAGGGAUGAACAAGGACGAACGAUGGCGGCAGUGUGAGACAGGUCGAGAAGCAGAUCAGUAACACGCUUUACUUCACAUUUUCAUCCUUACUCGGCACACGAUGACGUCCUGACAGGCCUGCACCUCACGGCACACCAGGCGGAAGGCACCACGAGCUAAACAUGAGUGAAGGUUUGCCGUCACCACCGCCACCGGAACAAGAUGGAGGUCCAGCCGGUAAGGAAGCAGAUCAGAAAACAAGAAUGCCGGUCAACACUUUACAUUCCCCACCGAUACAUGACCAGCGAGAACAACAACAACAACAACAACAACAACAACAACACGAAGAUCCACACCCACAAAACAACGAGACUUUAGUAGUGUGUGAAUUAAGUGUUCCGAACAUUGACUCUGAGUGUAGUGUGGUUAGUGCCUUGAAGGAGCAGGGGGAAGAGGCGGCGGCUUCUUACUACAGGGAUCUUUUUUCUAGUGCGACUGUGACUGGUUUUGGAGAUGAGAAAGAAGGGAAUUUAGAGAAGGUGAAAGAAGAGGAGGAGGAGGAGGAGGAGGAGGAGAAAGGAGUAGGCUUUGAGAAGGUGAAGGUUUAUGGAGGGAAGAAGGAGGAGAAGAAAGGAGUAGGCCUUGAGGAAGGGGGACAGCAUCAUCAGGAGGAGGAGAAAGAGGAGCAGCACCAUCAGGAGGAGAAAAAGAAGAAGAAGAGAAAAAAGAAGGAGGAGGAGGAGGAGGAGGAGCAGCAGCACCAUCAGGAGGAGGAGGCUUGUGAUUACUUACUGUCUACUGAGUACAUGGGUGGUUUAGCAGAUGAGGAGAGAGUGAGUGUGAAAGACGAGGCAGAUGAAGCCUGCAGUAUUAGCGCGAGUGUGAGCAUUGGUGCUGAGGAGAGUGAGUGCGGCAACACAGAUGAGGUGGAGGGAGAACAGAGGCUUGCUUCUGAACACUUCACAGAAACUAUAGCGGAGCACGAGAUAGAUAGCCACGUGCAGGGUGAAGUUACUGAAUGUUUGUGUGUCAAUUGGGGUAAAGUGACUAAACAACACCUCUCGCCACCACCGCCACUACCAGUCACUACCACUGAAGACCUAGAGGAUGGCCAUGGCCACCAUCACCACGUCCUCCACGACACCCUCACCCUCUCCCCGACACAACUGCAGGACAUUGGGGAUAGCGUCCUGGAACAGACAGCUUGGAGCACCACCACUACCCUGGACGUCGCUCAAGCCUUAUUGCCACUGCCACCACAGCACCACAUUGACAGCCCUCACACCUGGCGGGACCCCAUACCUCUCAUGCCGCCCACGCCACCACCAGGCUCUUCUCAUAACCCUGUGGACUCCUCUGGCAGCAAUGACGACAGCCUGCUGGAGGGUAUUAGUUCCAGUGUGCUGGAGGAGACACACGCUGAAGAUGCAGCAGUGGGUGACUGGAGGGACUACCUACACAUAGUUCACCCCGCGACCCUGACACCGAGUCCGGUGGAUACUCAGAACAAAGCUAAGGCAUCAGAGAGGACUUUCUUUUCUGACCCCCAGGGGACACCUUCGCCAGCAACGUCAGAAGCUGGCGAUGAUGUGGAAGUAAAGGCGUGCUUGUGUUCCUCCCUGGUCCUCUGA